GGCGCCACAUUCGAGGUCAUCAUAACCUCACUUGCAAUCGGCGCAAGGGAAAUUCCAUGGAAAAAUUGUGAAAUAUUGCAUAAAAACACCGGCAAAAAGUCAUAAAACUUAUCAUAUUUUUUACCCUAAUCAUUCCCUGAUACCGCGGGAGUUUUUUGUCUGUACCUCCGUGUGGUUAAUUUGCGAAAUCCGAAGGAAGAAGGAGUGUCAGGAUGUUUAGUAGAUUCCUCUUGGGACGUCAGACACUGGCGCAGGUGAAGAGAUGCAAAUCAUCAGCUGCAGCAAUUAGGCCACAGGUGAUUUUCAAUCGAACAGAGAAGCAGGCAAAAUUCACGGAAGGAAGUGACUAUCAUGGAUUUGUCUGCACCCGGACGGAAUUUGUGCCGGAUUUCAAUAUGACGGCAUAUAUGUUUAGGCAUGAGACAACGGGAACGGAGUAUUUGCACAUUGAUAGGGCAGAUUCAAAUAAUAUCUUUUCGAUAAACUUCCGGACGACACCGUUUAAUUCCUCGGGGCUGCCGCAUAUUCUGGAGCACACGGUGCUGUGUGGGUCUGAGAAGUUCCCCGUGAGAGAUCCCUUCUUUAAGAUGCUCACACGGAGUCUGGCUACCUUUAUGAAUGCCAUGACAGGUCCGGAUUAUACAAUUUAUCCAUUCUCAUCGAUGAAUGAGACGGAUUACCGGCACCUGCAGAAGAUCUACUUAGACGCCGUGUUUAGGCCAAAUCUGAAGUAUUUGGACUUUAAGCAGGAAGGCUGGAGACUUGAGCAUUCAGAGCUGGGGAAUAGGGAGAGUGAUUUUGUGCUGAAGGGUGUUGUUUACAAUGAAAUGAAGGGAGCCUUCUCGGAGAAUGCCAGUGUCUUUGGGCAGCGUUUCCUCAAUGAAAUCCUCCCGGGGCAUACGUAUAGGUACGUUUCCGGCGGGGACCCACUGCACAUUCCCCAGCUAACGCAUGAAGAUCUAGUCAACUUCCACCGGAAGUACUAUCAUCCCAGCAAUGCCAGAUUCUUCAGCUAUGGCAAUUUUUCAGCUGAUAAAUCCAUGGCAUACAUCAAUGAGCAAUACCUGGCGCAUGGGAAGAAGAUUGAUUCCACCUACAGCCAAGUUCCACUUCAGGUGCGUUGGACGGAGCCCCGGGAGGCGCAUAUUACGUGCCGGUAUGACUCCCUGGGUGGGCCGUUUGAGAGACAAAAUCAAAUUGCCAUUGGCUACCUCAUGUCUGACAUCACAAACUCCUACGAGACUCUCCUGCUCUACGUGCUGUCGGAACUUCUCGUGCGUGGCCCCAAUUCCUACUUCUACCGCAGUCUCAUUGAGCCAAACAUCUCCGGUGGCUUCAAUGCCCUCACUGGCUUUGAUUCUCAGCUCCGGGAUACGAUGUUCGUCGUUGGGUUGCAGGAUGUCGAUUCCGGGGACUUUCAGCGUGUCCGGGAGAUCUUUGAUCGCACCAUUGAUGAGGCAAUUGAGAAGGGAUUCGAAGCGAAGCACGUUGAGAGUGUUUUGCACAACAUUGAGCUCCUGUUGCGGCAUCAAACGCCCAAAUUUGGUCUGGGGCUCCUCUUCAACAUCUCCCCGCUGUGGAAUCACAAUGGGGAUGUUAUCUCCUACCUCCAGGUGAGCACAACGAUGAAGCAGCUGCGGGAGAAUCUCAAGGAUCCGCAGUAUCUGCAGCGUUCCGUUGAGCACUUCUUCCGGAACAACAAGCAUCGACUCACGAUGACCAUGUCCCCGGAUAGGGAGUUUGAGAUGAAGUUCUCCCAGCAGGAGGGGGAAGUUUUGAAGGAGAAAGUUGCCCAACUCACGCCGGAGGAUAAAGUGAAGAUUUUUGCUGAGGGCUUGGAGUUGGAGAAGUGUCAGAAGGGCGUUGAGGAUGCAAAUAUCCUGCCUUGCUUGACAAUCUCCGACAUCCCCAAGACAAUUGAGCGUACGAGGGUGGAAAAGAUGAUCAUCACGGGGACUCCGACGCAUCUCAUCACGGCUGACACGAAUGGGGUGACGUACUUCCGGGGAAUCUUCAGUGCUGCCCAUUUGAGUGAUCAGGAACGUCUCCUGUUGCCCCUGCUGCUGGAUGUGAUUGAUCAAUUCGGCACAACGCAUCAGUCCUACCGGGACUUUGAUCAGCGCAUCAAAUCCAAGACAAAUGGGCUCAGUUUCCGGCUCCAUUGCAGUGAGAAUCCCCUUGAUCUUGGAAGCUUUGAGUUGGGUGUGGAAUUCGGGACGUUCUGCCUGGAUCAGAAUAGUCACGAUAUGUUCAACAUUUUCCAGGAUCUCUUCCACAAUUUCCAAUUCAACGAUGUCAAACGCUUCCGGAUGCUCCUGGAGAACUACAUGUCAAACCUCGUUGUGGGUAUUCCCACUUCGGGGCAUCUCUAUGCUAUGCAGGGAGCAAGUGGUUUGGUGUCACAGGCAGCAAAUCUCCGGGAAAAUCUCUCUGGGAUCGGGCACAUUGACUACAUGAAGCAACUCAUGGCCACGCAGAAGCCCGAAGAGAUUCUCGCGAAAAUAGCCAAAGUUGCCCGGAAGCUUCUCAGGGACAAUGAAAUGCGCUGCUCUGUGAACUUCAGUGAAUCCCACCGGGGGCAACUUCUCGAUCAGUACGUCACCUUCAUUGAGAAUCUUCCGCUGAAGGAAGCCAAAUCUCCUGGCCUGACGUCUGAUACAAUCGCAUCGGCGAAUAGGCACAUUGCAAUGAAUAUUCCGGUGAAUUACUGCGCCAAAUCUCUGGCCACAGUCCCGUAUGUUCAUCCGGAUUUCGCCCCGUUGCGCAUCCUGGCCAAGUGGAUCUCCUCAAAGUACCUCCUCCCAGUUGUCCGGGAGCAGAAUGGUGCCUACGGGGCAGGAGCCAAGUUGGGCGUUGAUGGGAAUUUCUGCUUCUUCAGCUAUCGCGACCCGAAUUGCCGGAAGACUCUCGACACCUUCGACGGGACGUACGAGUGGAUUCGGGCGAAUGAGAAGUCCCUGGAUGAGCAGCAGCUGUUUGAGGCGAAACUCGGGGUUAUCCAGCAACUGGACGCCCCAACGGCGGCAGGGGAAAAGGGGGCGGAGGACUUCAAGUACGGGAUUACGCAUGAGAUCUUCGAGGAGCAUCGAAGUCACAUUUUGACCGUCACAAAGGACGAAGUGAUGAGUAUGUGUGAGAAGUACUUUGCUGCGGAUCCCAAUCGUGGUGUAGGACGCUGCGUACUGGGUCCAGGGGAGGAGAGUCUUCAAAAGGACGGGGAGACGUGGUCUGUGUCCAAGGAGGAGUAAUUUGUGAAUAAAGAUAAUGAUUGAAAUGCAAUAAAAUCCAGUGAUUUGGGAAAAUGUUUUAAA